AUGACCGCGUCCCAGGAACCCGGAAUCUCGCCCACCAUCAAGUUUGGGCCCUCCAAGCUCGACGUCAUCACAGUGGCAGGAGGAUGCUUCUGGGGAAUCGAACACAUGUACCGAAAGCAUUACACCGAUAAGGGCCUGGUGGACUGCAAGGUGGGGUACUCUGGAGGUUCUAUUGACAACCCAGACUACAAGAGCGUGUGUGCUGGCUCCACGGGCCAUUUCGAGUCCCUUCAAGUCACGUUUGAUUCGGCUCAAGUCUCGUAUGAAGAGUUGGCCGAUUUCUUCUUCAAGAUCCAUGAUCCCACACAGACUGAUGGCCAGGGACCCAAGAACAUUGGUACCCAGUAUCUAUCAGGUCUUUUCACACACAAUGAAGACCAGCAAGCACGUGCGUUGGCUGUCAAGAAGAAACUGGAAGACCAGUGGUUCGCUAAACCCAUUGCGACGGUCAUCCAGCCCAUUGAGAACUUCUGGGACGCCGAAGACUACCAUCAAAACUACUUUGUCAGCAACGAGGGCUAUCAUUGUCCCACCCACUUUCUCAGAACUACCCCUGAAAAGUAG